UAGUUCAAGUGAAACAAUCUAUAAUAUAUUUUACAAUAAUCAUUAAUUUGCAGUUAACUUUCAUGCGAAUGCUAAUCUGGUACGUGAUUAUAUUCAGUUCCCUGGGCGCAGAUAUAAAGGCUUAUGCUAAGUCCGCAGAAAAAGCGAAGCUUAAAGGCGACCCUUUGCGGGAAUACAAUGAGGUAUUGCGGAAUUUGAUAAUGAACUGGGAGUCCCCCGUUGUCUUCCUUAGAGAUCGCGGCUUCCUGCCCAGAAAUUAUGAGGAUACGUCGAAAAUCAAGCCGAACAUGGAUGCUCUGGUGCAGAGAAUGGAGAGAGCCAAAAGGGAGCAGGCCGGGGGUAAAGGCGUUAUUCUGAAAAUAAAACCCAGAGAGACGCGACAGGCAAAGAGGCUGAAAAGUUCCACAAGUGAACGAGGCUUUCUGGCCCCUAAGCGUUAUGUGGCUGCCAACAUGGAUCGGUCGGAUGGCAAAGAAAACGAGAUAUCGAAAGCCAAGACCAGGCUUAGUGAACGGGAGGAACAGCUUCUUGCCAUGAAGCAGCGCUUGGAAGAGAUGCAACCGGGAGGAUCAACAGAGGACUUGGAAGGAUAUCGUAGACAGAUCGAAGCAAGCCCAAGUGUCAAGGAUCCGGCCAAGACUUUGCAAAGUUACGACGAAGUGUUGCAGAGAAUGAUUGAAAAGACUAGCCCUCUUGUCAAGCAGCACUUCAGUCCGCACUUUAAAAGUUAUAAAAACGGAUUUGAAGCAGUUCCACCUAUUGACAUGCAACUGGGUCGCGAAGAAGAUAAACUGAUGCCUUCGAUCCCGACCUUUCUGCCGAAUCCAGUAGAUAAACCAGACAUAAAUCUGGCCACAUCCAGUCGAGCUGAGGAACAGAAAAGCAAGGGUGAAGCGGUGGCUAGCAACUUGCCAACGAAAUUAGCUGCGCCCAGGUAUCUGAAUUGGGACAUGAAAAGGGGCCAACUCGAGAGUUUUUCAAGAGUCGAGAAGGAGGAAUAUUUGAACCAGCUGGUCAGAGCAUUCGGGCAAAACCGGGACUCCAAGGACCCAAUAAAAAAAGGGGACAACCCUUAUUCCUUGAAUCGCGGUAUCAAUUCACAUUCGUUAUAUUGAAAUGGUUCAAAAUAUAUGAUAUCCGUUCAAUGAUUCAUAACCCAA